AGUGGACGCAAUGUCGAGCCGGCGGCCGCUGUCGCAGUACGAGCUGUACGCGCCGCCGCCGCUGGACCAGCUCUCGCACUACGCCUACCCGGACCAUUCGGCGACCUUCGGCAAACUGACUGGAAAACCUGAGCCGGCGGCCUAUCAGCCGGCGCCGCUGCAAUUUGUCCAGUAUGGCGCUCCACUGCUGGGACAGAGUGUCGGCUCCCACCUGCUGGGACAGCAUCUGCUGCACAGCCAGCAGCCAGCCGCCACCGGACUCUACAACGGACCGCAGGCCGCCUACUUCCAGGGCAUCCCGCCGCCGGAGCCGCACCUGCAGUCGUUCGGCGGCCUGCAGUCGUUCAGCGGACUGCAGCAGCUGCGGACGGCAGUGGCUGCCUCCGCGCCCUGGCGCACUGCGGACGCGGCGGCGGCCGUGGCUGCGGCCGCCGCGCCCGGCGCCGGCUCGCGCUCGCCCAGCAGCGCCGGCACGCCCUCGCCCUCUCCGGCGGCCGGCGUGCAGCCGUACCCGCCGCCGCCAGGCACGCGCGGCCCGGCCCGCCCGCCCGAGGCCCCGCUCUACCAGAGCCCGAUUCGGCGACCGGUGCCGCUGCAAGUGGGCGGUGUGCCGCCGCCGGGCACCGCCGGCAGACCGAACCCGAGCUCGGCACAGCAGCAGAAGAUGAGAGAGGCGGCGCUCCACCAGGCGCAGAACUUCUUUAGGGCUGGCCAGCAGGGUGCCCCAGUCGGCCCGAUGGCCGGCUCUCGCCCCCCGGACGGCGUUGGAGACGUGGGCGCCGCGUUCGCGCGGGCCGACGACGGCAGCGGUGGCGACCGGGCAGCGCGGGCGGCCGGCCGGUACCGGCGCGACCAGGCUCGGCCCGGCCCCGGCGGCCCGCCGCCCGAGCGCAGGGACCAGCAGCGAUGACCGCCACCGGGACCCCCGGAGGACCACGGACCAGACUCAGCACCGAGUGGGACGCCAGUGGAGAGGACCAGCGCGGACCGGCGGCGAGAGCACAGACCCGUCGUUAGACGGUCCGCUUAUCGAGCAACCCAAGCGCGGCAGUGUGCGGAGCCGCAGACAGUGCGAAUUUCAAGUGUCGACAGAACGGCCAAGCAUUGGAGUUGAACGGACGACCAAGCUGAUCGUGAAGUUUGAUUAAGACGUCGUCUUAUGUGUGUCAGAGCGGCUGGCGGCCAACCCAGAUCUACCUGGGUGCGAAGUCGCAGCGGCGCUGAAAGUUGUCGGACGUCGUGUUCACUAGACGUCGCAAGCAUGGGACGUCGUGAACUCUUUGGACGUCGUGAGCAUUAGACGUUGUGAACGGUGGACGUUGUGAGCAUUAGACGUCGUGAGCGGCGGACGUCGUGAACGUUGUAAAACGUCGUGGUGUAGUGACCGUAUCUGGUAGGAUACCGGGCGUCACAUCGGUGUAAGCUGCACACUCGUGCGGCGCAGCCGGGAGCGUGGCACGUGCCGACACGUGCAGUGGCAGCGGCCGGAGCCGCGCGUGGCGGUGACACGUGGUGCGUGCACGUGACUGGUGACGCGGCAGCGGACGGACUGCAGUAGCGGCCGCCCGCCCUGGGACGCUCUCUCAGCACGGCAGUAGCUCUUCGUGACCUUGUGCAUUAGCCCGGUGAGGCGGCGCGGGCCGGACGCCGCGGCGCCGGCCGCCCGCCCCCGCUGAGCUGUCUGUGUGUCCAGAUGGCGGUAAUACAUUCUGUUGACCACGUCUCGUUCUGCUGCAGGGACCUGGCCGACGACAGCGCGUGCCCAUGUCAUCAUGCGCGCAUUACGAACAUUAGGUGUUUUGUCUGCGCAUGCUCCACACGUGACAUACAUGCAUGUUGCUGCAUGACUAGGGAGCAUUACAUGCAUCAUGCACAGACGUCAUACCUCUUCACAAGGGGCGCGCGCAUACUUGGAUGGGAGACUGAAUUACAAUAAUACAAGCCGUGCUGCCUC